GUUGAAGAGUCAUACGAAACUACACAUCAAAAAGAUGGCUUCAAUCGAAUGGCGCGAUGUGGUAUUCUCUGCUCGCGAUCCAGAGACUCGGGAAGCAACCGACAUACUGUGUGGUCUGUCAGGAGGUGUGGCGGCUGGGGGAACUCUGGCGAUUCUGGGGCCCUCCGGAUCGGGGAAGAGUUCGCUGCUAAAGGUGUUGGCAGGGCAGAUCCGAGUAGGCAGCGCGGCGUCGGGGACGAUGGGCGGAAGUGCCCCUGGCGAGCGCGCCGCCACGGGGAGUUCACCCGAGACCCUGAAAGGGAGCGUCGUAAUAAAUGGAGAGCGGCCUGCGAUACCGCUGGCCACGUAUGCCUACUCUAGCGCCGUGAAGCUCGUGUCUUUGAUCGAGCAGCAAGAUUUGUUCAUAGGGGAAGUAACAGUUCAGGAGCACCUGAAUUUUUACGCGAACUUGAGACUCAGUCAUAUGACCCGUGAAAGACGGAAACUGCGUAUUGCC